AUGUCCUCCGACAAGCCCUCCCCCGACGAUGCCGUUAGCGGCUUCACUCGACCGGAGAUGUACAAGGAAAACCUCGCUGGCACCGUUGACGGCUACGAUCGCCACAUCUUCCUCUGCUACAAGGGCCACAAGUACUGGCCACCGCGCAUCGAGGCCUCCGACGCUGAUCCCCUCCCCAAGCGCGUCGCCGCCACGUUCAAAGCUCGCAAGAACGACAUUUCCCUCAAGAAAGCUUUUCUAUGUCGGUUGCCGUUUUCGCUACGAUCCGAGGUUGACUUGGGUGGUUUGAUUUUGCUCGGUUGGACUUUGCAGACGAAAAUAACCGUGUGUGAGGCGCGUGAGGAGGCUGGCUUCUCCGAUGGUGACGUGUUGAUCUUCCCCGAAAUGAUCAAAUACAGGUGA